AUGAUUUCCUAUCGAUUGAACGGGCAAAGAAUAUCCCUCAAGUUGCCCGAUGCAACUAAACAGGAGAUGGAUUUCCUGGACACCUCCUUCUUUGCUGCCAACCCCGGUCGACGACUGCCUACGCCGUCUGAAAUAAGAGCUCUAUCAAAGAACGAUAAAUCUGCCCAACCAAAACCGAUAUUCAUUGAGGAUCUCAAUCUAGUAGUCAAGUUUGGGCCCUUUGUUACCGCCGUCGAAGCCCUAAAUCUCUGGAUGGUUCGACACAUAUUCCACGACAAAGUUCCGGUGCCCGACGUCUUUGGUUGGCGAAUCGAUGACCGGGGCUCUGGGUUCAUAUACAUGGAGCUUAUUCCGGGCCCCACCAUCCAUGAUUGUUACGACACUCUUACAGAUGGCCAAAAACAAACUAUUUGUGAUCAACUGCGUGAGGUCUUGAAAACUUUGCGCCAGCUUAGGCAAGACCCUGAGGACCAGUUUGUUGGAUCAAUCAACCGGCAGCAUCUCUCAGACUACGUAUUCAUAGAUCAGCCGAGGGGGGGUCCGUUCCCCAGCGUCGAGGCAUUCAAUGAUUGGUUUGCUUUAUUGCAUCAAUUGCGUUUCCAACACAGAUACGAGGAUCCCAAUCGGUGCUUGUUGCCAGACAACAGAGACAUAACGUUUACCCACACAGACCUGCACCGAGGAAACAUAAUUAUAACUUCUUUCAACCCGCUCCAAAUUGCUAUUGUGGACUGGCAGCAGUCGGGGUGGUACCCCGACUACUGGGAAUAUUGCAAACUUUUAUACACAUGCUCAUAUGAGGAUGAGUGGCGCAUCAAAUUUAUUGAUACCUUCCUGCAACCAGACCCGGAUGUUCAUCUGGUGUUUUCUGAUUAUACAAUGGCCAUGGGUGCGGUUUGA